GACCCAUUAUUCUCCUUGAAUGAGAAUUUACCAAGAACUGGACAAUCUUUCAUUUGUUGGAAAAUGGCAAAGAAAGGAAGCCCAAAGUUGAAUAUUGCUAUUAUUCAUCCUGAUCUGGGUAUAGGUGGAGCUGAAAGACUAAUUGUUGAUGCGGCUGUGGAACUUGCAUCCCAUGGGCAUAAAGUUCAUGUUUUCACAGCGCACCAUGGCAAAAAUCGCUGUUUUGAGGAGACUAUUUCUGGUGGUUUUGAUAAGCGCUUAAAGGAAAAUGUUGAGUACUUGGAGGAGCUCAGAAGUUUAGCGGAAAGGGAAGGAGUGUCUAGUCAGGUGUCAGUCAGAAAUAUGCUUCAUCAGAGGCGAAAGAGUGAUCGUGAAGCUGUUUCUGAGGAUGAUUGCCUGCGUGCUAUAAGUAAGUUGAAGGUAUUGGGUAAUGGUUUUGAUGUGAUUUCUGUUGGAAAGCGAAAGCUUGUUCGUUCUGUUCCGACUGAGUUGAACAAAGACCAUAAUGAAAUUUUAGAGCUAGCCCAGGCUCAAGGAUUUGUGAUUGUUGAUGAGGUAGAGAGACGGUUAUCUUGGACCACUGGCUGUGCAAUUGAUGCAUUCGACACUUUACUAGAUGAGGGUCUUGCAAUGAUUGAUGAUGGCCACAAAGAUGGUAUUCGCCGAUAUUGGUUCCCUUGUGCAUCUUCCAUAUCGACUCCAGGAGGAGCUGACACUUAACAAACAUGAGGCGUCUCAAUAAUACCGGAGUUCAAAAGGGUUAUGUGUGCAUACUGAAUGAUGGCUGAUUUAUCUGUGAUUUCCUUUUGUAAUACUAGUUGGUCGAACAGACUGCUGAUGUACAAUGUAUUUCAGCUUAUAAAGGAGACAUUUGCAGGGAAUAACUCAUGUUACUUCCCUCUAUGUUACAAAUAGUUUUA